GUUGUGUGUCGUUGGGGGGCAUUUCUUUUGGUCCUCAUAUAUCACAUUUCCCCACAUCGCUUGUACGCUCCCUGAGCGACCGUCACAAUGAGUGGUGCACAGUACGCCUAUGAUGAAACGGGCGCAAUCUUCAACUUCUUCUUGUUGACCAUUUUGGGUAUGGUGUUGAUCCCAUCAACGUAUACUUGGUUGUUCGGGGGCAGGAAAGAUGUGACUGAGGGAGAUGAUUGCAAAUGUGAAACAUGUCGGGAAAAGCGAGUGCGUUUAGUUGCAAUGAAGAAGAAACAAGAGCCUUUGAUCUCUACCAGGUUUAUUCUACUGGUGCUUGGUUGGGCACUCUUCUCGUUCGUUGUCUACAAAGUCGCUACAACUAGCGUGGAAGAGAAGGGACUCUGGGAUCCUUACCAGAUCCUUGGAGUUGACCGGGACGCUGACGCCGACCAAGUGAAGAAGGCGUGGAAGGAGUUGAUGAGGAAAUGGCAUCCUGAUAAGAACCCGGACAAUGUGGAAGAAGCCACAAAGAUGACGACCGACAUCUCCAAAGCAUACAAGACUUUAACGGACCCAGAAGCCAGGCAGAACUGGGACGAGUGGGGUCAUCCGGAUGGAAAACAGUCUUUCCAACUAGGACUCGCUCUCCCAAGAUGGUUGGUGGAAGAGGGUAAUAAUUUCAAGGUGCUCUUUGUAUACGCGGGUGUCUUUAUGGUUUUAUUGCCGGCAUUGGUGGCCCGUUGGUGGAAUAAUGCGAAGCAGAUGAACAAGGAAAAGAUUCUUCAUCCGACCAUGGCAAAGUUCUACAGAGAACUGAGAGAGUCAUUGGGCUUCAAAGCUUUACUCGAGUUGUUGAGCAAAGCAGACGAAUUCUAUACACUCAUUACGCUUGAUAAAAGUGAAACACCUGCAUUGGAGAAGUUAGUGGACCAAGUCAAGAAAGCUAUGGAACAGAAGACACCGGAUCGUUGGAGUAAGAAGUUGACAUCAGCAAAAGACCCGCAAACGGCCAUGCAACAGAAAGUGUACCUUCUUCUACACUCCCACCUAUUGCGCUUGACUCCGGAGGACCCAAAAUUGGCACAUGAACAACGGCUUGUGGCGGAGAGGAGCGUACAACUAGUUGCAGGAAUGCUACAAAUUGCUAUAUCACGAUCAUGGCUCAACAUUGCGUUGAGUGUCAUUGACCUUGGACAGAUGCUUACACAGGCAUUGUAUUUCCACCAAUCACCCUUGAUGCAACUUCCUUACAUUACGGCGGAUAAGCUCAAGUAUUUCCGUUCAAAAAAGAGGGACAUUAGUACCAUACGCGAUUUGCUCGAACUGGAUGAAAAGGAUCGCAACGAUCUCCUACGAUUCUUAACACAUGAGCAGAUUGCUCUGGUAAUGCAUGUGGCGCAGCAGUAUCCUUUACUUCGCAUAACGAAAGCAAAAUUCUCUGUUUUGGGCGAGCCUGCCAUUAUUCCCAACGCUGUGGUGACACUUAGCAUCAAGUUGGAAAUCGGCUCAAUUGAGGAUCUUCGAAAAGACAAGGAGAAUGGCACGUCGCUGCGAGAUGACAGCACCAACGACGAUGAGGAACCAAAAAAUAACUGGUGGGAAAAGAAGGAGCAAGCACCGUUGGUUCAUGCCCCAUACUUCCCGGCGGAGAAGCGUCCAGUAUGGUGGGUCUAUUUUGGGGACAUGAAGCAGAACCGACUUAUCACCAUCGGCAAAGUGAGCGAUCUCAUCAACGAAAAGACAAUCCGACUACAAUUCCAAGCACCCCCUCGACCGGGUCAAUGGGCAUUCCAGGUGUUUGUCAAAUCCGACUCGCAUAUUGGUUGCGACGCCUUGUGUGAGCUGAAGCUUGUCGUUGAGCCACCGGAAGCCGCUCCUCUACAAGAGGAAGAAGACGACAUUUCCGAACCAGAAGACGACAGCAUUGCCGGUCAGAUGCAGCAAAUGCGUGGCGGUGGUGGACCUAAAGUCAAUGGCAAGAAGGGCGGUAAAGAUGAAAGUGAUGAGGAUGAGGAUGCUGAGGACGUAGGAAAGAAGGAUAAGCUGGAUAGUUAUGAGGAUUCGGAUGAUUCAGAUGACGAAGAUGCGUGAGCCAGUAGAGGUUCCUAGUUUUACGGCGGCGGAGGGGAGUGGGAGUUGUGGCGAUGCUUGCCGCUUGAGAACAUCAAAUGUAUUGGGCAAUGCGCGCGAUGAAACGGCUUAUGCAAAUCUUGGCGAUCAUGUGUCGCGGCGAGGGCCUUUAGCUCAUGGCCAAUAUCGUUAUGGUUGGGGUUGUGAAGUGUGAUGAGUCGUGCGUAUGAAGUUGUAUUGCAUCCGUUCAUCAAAGUUCCAUUAGAUGGCUUCCCUUCCAUCGCUGUACCUGAUAAGACUCCAUGAGAUAUACAUUCUAUGGAUGGGUCACUCUAACUACCAUAGACAACUAUCUAAUGAUUCUGUAUUAUAUCCCACUGCUCUAUUAUGCUUUUCAUGCAAUAGCAGUAAAUAUCUCUUUCAUGAUUUUGGG